CGGGAGUCUAGUGGAGACUUGUCGGACGGGUACCCAGUACAAAUUCAGCGGUGUUGUUCACUCUUAGCCUGACAACCUCAGCGGGUUGGGUCAGUAAUUUAGUCUUGUUGCUUCUUAGUGGAGACCGGCCGAUCACGGGUUUUGACUGUCCCGUCUGCUCAAGCAAACGUGCUUGACACACAGUAGCGAGGUUCGGUCUUUGGAUUUAACAAUACCCGGUGUGUUAUAACUACCGCGGUAUGUGCCUGAGGAAGAGAUGGUGUCCAGUCCUGCGGUGAUUCUGCUCUUGAUUAACGUGUUUUUUGUCUCAUCAUGUGUCGGUAGUCCUGUUCGGAAAUGCUCUGGCGACGUGUGUUCGGAGCGGCCGCCUGUAGUUCUGAUCCCGGGUGACCUGGGAAACCAGCUGGAGGCCAAGCUGGACAAGCCCAGUGUGGUGCACUAUGUCUGCUACAAGAAGACGGAGGACUACUUCACUCUCUGGCUGAACCUGGAGCUUCUUGUCCCUUUCGCCAUCGACUGCUGGAUUGACAACAUACGGUGAGAGCGAUCCUGAGGCCGUCCUCUCACUAGGGGCCCAUACAAAACCCUGGUAAUCUGUGGAAGGUUAGGCCACGACAGCGCAUACACUGGCUAAUGUUAGGAACUACCACUGUGUGACACUAGGCCUCUGCAAGCGGAAGGGACAGCUCUAACAGGACAUUGUCCAUGUUUUGUAGAUCCUGAACCAUUUGUAACCCAGUCCCACCCCAUUCUGCUACUGCUCAUUGCCUGCUACUGGCACUGUCCUUUGUGGUUGCUAACAGUUUGGCUGUUGAUUGAAGAAGUAUUUGGUUGCUUUGUCCACAGUAUUUAUACUGUGUUUUACAGCAGACGGUAAAUGUACCAGACAGAUUUACUGGUUAGUUGCUAGAGUAGUUCCACUGUAACUUUCGGUGUGGUCAUGUUUUGUCAACCGUGAUGGAAGUCUGUUGCAAAAGAACAACAACAUACCAAAGGUAUUUCAGGCAGUGAUGUAAUACAGGCCUGAUAUGUCACCAGAUAUGUGGAGAUAGUUGUGGUCUGAAAAAAAUAACCCCGCCUGCCCGUUGCCAGAUGGGAGAUGGGAUUAUCUGCACAUCUAUGCUGUUUCAUAAUAACUGAUGCUGUCUAGCCAUGCAAUAAAUCUGGUUUGCUUUCUCUGAGUCGCUGGUAUCAGUUUUCUACGGUGUCCUGAAGUGAAAAUUAAUUUGUAAGGUUAUCUAACGCAGGCUUUGUACAUCGUAAUAAUGCCUUGCCUGUGCUAUAUUUCAUCAUCUUUCAGAAUAUAGGUUUUCGAUUUCUUAUAUCUGCUGUAAUUCUCUGUAGCUUUUCAUAUUUACCAGUUCUAAAAUCGAUACUGUGUUAUCUGUGUGAUGCAGAGGCUCAUUUCGUUCUGUUCUCUCGGAAUUUGCACAGCAGCUUGCAGAUGGUCAGAUAGUUCCCCUAUUUUUGGCUGAUGUGUACAUCUGGGCUUGUCUUUUGCAAUCUGUCGUCACCCAGGCCAGUACUCAACCACUUAUAAAGAUCUGAUGUGAAUCAUGACCACAGUGCUCCUAUGGAAAAACAUUGUUGGUUGGCGUUGUCAGAGUGUCUUCAAAAAUGCACAAGUAAAUUAUUCUCGCCUGUUCAUGUUUACACUUAAAAACUUUUCAUACUUCAUAAACCUCUGUUAUAAUUUAUUUUAGGCACAACAAUCUAUCCGCAGAGUAUCUCGGUCCAAUUCACUAUAUUAAAACCCUUCUUUUUGUCAG